GAACUGAAUCCAAUUGAGCAGUUCUGGUCAGUUGUCAAAAGUAAAGUUAAGCGAAAUAAAUUUUUGGAAAAAGAAUCGCUAAUGACUAGAACUAGUGAAGCAUGCGAUAGCUUGUAUUUGACUGAUUUCAAAGGCUUUGUUUCUCAUUCUGUCAAAUGCUUUGAUAAAUGUUUAAAC